UGCCCCCGCGAAUGCUACGGGGACAGCCCAAGCAAUAGCUACAGCAAAACGUUCUGCGUUCCUCACGAUGUCAGCACGGCAUGGCUCGUUUAUCGAAGCUUGCUCAAGGCUGGGAUGAAGCCAUUUCAAACCCAAUGCCUGCGAUACCUUCAAGGUCGCAAUGCUGGUCAUCGGAAGAACCGGCGCCAACACCAGGGAAUUGGAUCGAGACCCAUGUGUCCCCGGCUAAAGACCAUGCUUGGGGGGAAUCUGGCUCCGUUCGGUGCACAUAUGCUGUUCGUGAUUGGCGCGAGAAUGCGACGUUAGGCGCUUUAAGCUUCAGCUUCUCGUACAACGCCCCUACUGGAACUAUCUAG